AUGUUCGCGCAUUGCAAAGGCGCCAUCUGGGAAUCAGACGACUUCUCCCGGUGCUUUCAACAUGACUAUCUCCAGGCUCUGCUCCCGCUCAUAGCAUGCGCUCUGUCGGCGCUGUUCCUGGUCUACCAACUGUUACGAGUCGCCGUCAGACGAUCGAAUCAUUCGCGGAACGGGUACGACGUCCUGAAGCAGCAUGUGUGGAACGGUGUGCAGGGCAAUGGCGCGGUGGCCGGAGAAGACAGUGACAGUGAGGAAGAUGACAGUGAAGAUGAGAUGCAGCGGAACCAAAACCUGGCAUUGGAAAUGACCAAGAGCCGGGCAACAGAAGCAUCGGUCUUGACCGUCGAUCGACCAAGAGGCGAGGUGGCAAUCAUCAUCGUUGAAGAGCUAGCUGUGUUGGCCGAACUGGGGAUACAGGUGGCCGCGCUGGUGUCGCAAGCAUGGGGAUCCAAAGGACAAGCUGGGGCGAUUGCGAGUGUUGUUGUCUGGGCAUACAUUGCGAUUCUGGCAUCGCUGCGACUACUCUUUUCGAGCCUGUCGAAGUGGUCGUUCCCGAAGCUGUGGUACCACACCGCGUUGCUCUACUGUUUCGAAUGGCUAUGCGUGGUCAUGCUGUUCCGUUCGGAAAUCAUCCAUCCCCGCUCGAAGCUCUCAGAGGCACUGAUGAGCACCCACUUCGCCCUCACUACGCUUCUGACGAUCAUCGCCUUGACCUCGCGGAAAGGCAACAAGGCGGUGGAGCUGGAGUAUGAGGACUCGAUCGAACCAUCGAGAGAGCCGCUCGCCAGUCUCUUCUCCCUCGCAACAUUUGCUUGGGUGGAUCCAAUCGUUUGGAAUGGCUACAGGAAGGCUGUGGACAUGAAGGAUGUCUGGAAUCUGAUACCCAAAGACAAAGCUGCUGCGGUGCUGGCCGAUUAUCGACAGCUCAAGAAGACCCAUAUCCUAGCUUGGCAUCUGCUCAGAUACUUCAGAGGUCCGCUGCUAGUUCAAGCAGGCUGGGCUGCCAUUUCUGGUGCAGUCACUUUCGUGCCGACUCUUCUUCUCAAGGUCAUUCUGGGGUACAUUGAAGAUCCAGAGUCCACACCAAAGAAUGCGGCAUGGCUAUAUGUCAUUCUGCUUUUCGUUUCUGGUGUUAUCAACGCAUUGUCCAGUGGCCAAGCGCUUUGGAUCGGACGAAAAGUCUGUAUCAGACUGCGUGCGAUCAUCAUCGGCGAGAUCUAUGCAAAGGCCCUGCGUCGACGAGCGGCAGCAGCAGCAGAUAAGGUUCUUGGCGAGGAGCCGAAGAAGGACGAUGAUGAUGAGCCAAAGCCAGGAUUCAUCAAAAAGGUACUUACGUUCGGCAAGACGAAGAAGAAGAAGACGAACGAGAAUGGCGCGCCCGACGCAUCCAAGGCUGUCGCCGACGUGGACGAUUCGCAAGUCACUUCUGGUGCAAUCAUCAACCUGAUGGCUGUCGAUUCCUUCAAGGUCUCCGAAAUCAGCGCCUACCUACACUUCCUAUGGGCUGAGACACCUGUUCAAUUCGUUCUCGCCAUUCUCCUGCUCUACCUCUUCCUCGGCAACAGUAGUAUUGUUGGCAUUGGAAUGAUGGCUCUCUUACUGCCCGUGAACAUGUACAUCGCGAAGCAGUUCUCGACUGUGCAGAAGCGAAUCUUGGCCGCGACGGAUUCGAGAAUCCACACAACGAACGAAGUCUUGACGAACGUCCGCAUCAUCAAGUACUUUGCCUGGGAGCAACGUUUCCUGGCGACUGUCGACGAGAAGCGUGUUGUUGAGCUCAAGCACCUCCGAUACCGAUACAUCAUCUGGGCCAUUGCGGCUACCAUCUGGUCUGGCGCCCCGGUGCUGAUUACGUUUCUGACUUUCCUCGUCUACACGCUCGUCGAAAAGAAGGAUCUCGUGCCCUCGAUUGCAUUUACAGCUCUUUCCCUGUUUAGUUUGCUGAGAAUUCCCCUGGACCAGCUUGCCGACAUGGUUGCCCACGUUCAGGAGUCAAAGGUGUCUGUUGAUCGUGUGGAGGAGUACCUCAACGAACCAGAGACCGACAAGUACCAUCAACUUCAGAACGAUCAGUUUGACGAGAAUGGUGAACCGCUGAUUGGUUUCGACGAUGCUACUUUUAGCUGGGGUGGCAAAGAUGCCGAUGACUUCAAGAUGAUUGAUCUUGACAUGUACUUCAAGGUCGGGCAAUUGAAUGUCAUUAUCGGUCCAACCGGAAGUGGCAAGACGUCCCUACUCAUGGCAUUGCUCGGUGAAAUGUCGUUGCUAGGAGGGUCGGUCUAUCUUCCCGGCGGCCGCAGCAGAGAAGAGGUCAGGCGAGAUCCCACGACUGGCCUUACUGAGAGCGUCGCCUAUUGCGCCCAGCAAGCGUGGCUUGUGAACGGCACCAUCAAAGAGAACAUUGUCUUCGCCAGCAAAUGGGAUGCAAAGAGGUAUAAGAACGUGAUUGUUGCUUGCUCCCUACAGCGAGACCUGGAGAUUCUGGAUGCUGGCGAUCAGACCUUGGUUGGCGAGAAGGGCGUCACUCUUUCAGGAGGACAGAAGCAACGUAUCAGUCUGGCCAGAGCUUUGUACUGCGAUGCACGUCAUAUCCUGCUGGACGACGUUCUCAGUGCUGUCGACUCUCACACCUCCAAGUGGAUCUUCGACAAGGCACUUAUGGGCCCCCUCAUGUACAACCGUACGUGCAUUCUCGUCACCCACAACGCUGCGCUCUGUCUUCCACGAGCAGAGUUUGCAGUCGUGCUCGACAACGGCAGAGUGAUAGCUCAAGGCAACGCUUCAGAGGUGAUCCAUUCCGGCAAACUUGCAGAGGAUGUCUCAAAGUUUGAGUCGAGACCAACUUCUCGAUCCACUUCGGUGCUGCCAUCAAGAGUUCCAUCUGACAUUGGCCGUGAUGGAGAAACACCAAUGAAGGAGCAGCCUCCCAACGGUCACGCCAACGGAUAUUUGCACCGUCGAGACACCGAUGUGAGCCAAAGAGCGAACAGUGAAGCGUUGUCGAAGGUCAUCUCAAAGGACAUCCCAGGCAUGAACAAUCCAGUCGACGAGAGCAAUACCGCCUACACUGAAGAGAAAGCCACUGGUGCCGUCAAGCUCUCGAUCAUCACUAUGUACCUCAGACAUAUGGGCGGUGCCGUGUACUGGAUCAUUGCCGCGCUCUGCUUCGCUCUGCAGCAACUUUCCCAAGUCGCUACCAACGUCUGGAUACGACAGUGGGCCAACGCAUACACCCAGACCGAGUAUAUGGCCACUGCUAACGGAACAUUAUCAUCCCCCAUUACACAUAUCCGCGGCGGUAUCAGCAGCUCGUCGAAUUGCCUUCGAGCUGGCUCAUGUGUAUGGGGUGGACUCUGGACUCAGCAGCUACAAGAUCUGGGCUCGUUCAAGGUUCUCAACUCGGAUGUCAACGCCGGAUACUACCUGGGAGUGUACGCGAUCCUCGGCUUUGGCUACAUGCUCGUCACCUUCCUUCGCGAGUGCGUCCUCUUUGCAGGCUCGCUAUCCGCAUCGAAGCGCAUUCAUCGCCAAUUGAUGGAGCGUGUCACUCAUGCCAAGUUCCGCUUCUUCGAUGCCACUCCGCUCGGGCAGAUCAUGAACCGUUUCUCAAAGGAUAUCGAAGCUGUCGACCAGGAGAUCUCGCCGGUAGCGGUCGGCGUCGUCCACUGUCUCUUCUCGAUCUUGACAAUCGUCGUCCUCAUCUCGGUCAUCACACCAGCUUUCUUGAUUGCGGGCGUCUUCAUCACCAUCCUCUACUUCAUCAUUGGUAGAAUCUACAUCAGCUCCAGCCGAGAUCUCAAGCGACUCGAAUCGGUUCAGCGGAGUCCGCUCUACCAGCAAUUUGGAGAGACUCUUUCUGGAAUGACGACCAUCCGUGCCUACGGCGACGAGCGACGCUUCAUUCGUGAGAAUUUGCAUCGUGUCAACACCUACUCUCGGCCGUUCAUCUACCUAUGGGCAGCCAACAGGUGGCUGGCGCUGCGUGUCGAUGUCGUCGGAGCACUGGUGUCAUUCUUCACUGGUGUCUUCGUCAUCCUUAGUGUGGGGACUGUGGAUGCUGGUGCCGCUGGUCUGGCAAUGACUUAUGCUGUGACGUUCACAGAAAAUGUCUUGUGGUUUGUGCGCCUAUACGCCAACAACGAGCAGAACAUGAACGCCGUCGAGCGUGUCAAGGAGUAUUUGGAUGUGGAGCAGGAAGCUGCACCUAUUGUGCCAGAGAAUCGACCCGAGGCCAACUGGCCUAGCAAAGGUUCUGUGGAGUUCAUCGACUACAGCACGAGAUAUCGAAGCGACUUCGACCUUGUGCUCAAGCACAUCACCUUCAGGAUCUCACCGGGAGAGAAAGUCGGUGUUGUCGGCAGGACUGGUGCUGGAAAGAGUUCUCUCGCUCUCGCCUUGUUCCGCGCUCUGGAAGCUGAGACUGGCAAGAUCCUCAUCGACGACGUCGAUAUUGGCUUGAUCGGCUUGCAAGACCUUCGCGAGAACAUUGUCAUGGUUCCACAAGACCCGACCCUGUUCACCGGUACUGUCCGCAACAACCUCGACCCGUUCGGUCUCUUUACCGAUGAGGAGAUCUUCACAGCCCUGCGAAAAGUCCAGCUCAUCGGUGCACCCUCAGCAACCAACUCCGCGGCUCCUUCCAGGCCUGAAACUCCCGUCAAUCAGGCCCGCCGGUCGUCUCCGGUCAUUCCAUUGAGCAGGCAGGCCCUAACCGCAAAGGUCGAUGCAGCCUCGACAAGCCCUACCAGCCCGACAGGAACGACCUUGGAGAACAAGAACAUUUUCCGCAACCUAAACUCUCCAGUCGCCGAAUCAGGCACCAACCUCUCCCAAGGUCAACGCCAGCUCCUCUGCCUCGCCCGAGCCAUGCUCAAGAACCCCAAAGUCCUCCUCAUGGACGAAGCCACCGCCUCGAUCGACUAUGCCACCGACUCCAAAAUCCAAGAAACCAUCCGCGAAAUCAAAAACACCACCAUCACCAUCGCCCACCGCCUGCAAACCAUCAUCGACUACGACAAAGUCCUCGUCUUGGACCACGGCGCCGUCAUCGAGUACGGUGAUCCUUUCGACCUGAUCUCUACGCAAGGCGGGAUUUUCCGCGGCAUGUGUGAGCAGACCGGGGCGGACUUCGAGACCCUGGAAAAGGAUGCGAAGAAGGCUCAUGACGCCAGGAAACUUGUCGAUGAUUCUGCUUAA